AUGGGCGACGCUGGCCCUUGUUCACCUACGCUGUUGACAGGCCCGGCUGGCCUCCCAUCUGCCAACCCGACCAAGGCCUUCUGGCAGACAUCACACCCGAACCCGGUGGCGAAGCACCGCUCGACACCCGGUCUCCCGGCGACGGCAGACAUCGUGGUCAUCGGCACCGGCAUCUCGGGGACAUUUGCAACGCAUGAGAUCCUGACCACCGCCGCCGCCGCCGCCGGGCAAGCUCUGAACGUCGUGGUCCUCGAAGCCCGCACGACGUGUUCGGCCGCGACGGGCCGCAACGGCGGACACUGUCAACCUCUCGUGCACGCGGAGCGGCCUGCCAUCAUCGACUUUGAGAUGCGCAACUACGCGCACAUCCGCGACCUGGUCAAGCUGCACGACGUGCCGUGCGACUUUCGCCAGAUCCCCGGCGUGCUGGGUUUCUGGAACAAGACGUACUUCGACGAGGCCAAGGCCGCGCUGCAGGGCUCUCUCGUGACGGCGGAGCACAGAAAGCUUGUCGAGGUCGUCGAGGCGCCCGAGGAGCUACAGAACCUGAGACUGACGGGGGGCGUCGUCGGCGCCAUCGUGCAGACUGUCGCGGCGAGUUUGAGCCCGUACAAGCUCAUGAUUUGGCUUUGGGGGGAAAUGAUCAAGGAGUACGAGAGGAGCGAAGGCGGCGGAGGACGGUGGGAAGGAGGAGGAGGAUGGGGAGGAGGUGGAGAAUGGCAGGGAGGGCGAGGAGGACGAGGGGGGUGGGGAGGGGGAGGAGACUGGCGAGGAGGAGGUGAGUGGCGCGGGGGACGAGGAGGUGGAGGAGGAAGUUGGGAAGGCGGAGGAGGAUUCGGGGGAGGAGGAGAAUGGGACGAUGGCGAAGGAGGAGGAGGGAGAUGGGGAGGCGGAGGCGGAGGCGGAGGACAAUGGAGAGGAGGCGGCGAAUGGGGAGGCGAAACUUCCAAGGUAACCUUGAAUCUACAGACCGAGACGCCCGUUGCGAGCAUCCAAGAGGUACAGGGGGGCCACGGCUGGACGGUCAAGACGAGCAGGGGCGAAGUGCACGCGAAACAAGUCAUUCUCGCGACGAACGCCUACACCUCGCAUCUGAUGCCGGAGUUCGAGGCUUUGAUCUCGCCCGUACAGGCUCAGAUGUCGGCGCUGUUGCCGCCGCAGGGCUCGCCGUUCCGGGAGCGCCUGAUACCCAUGAGCUACGGGAUGAUGGGCGUCGAGGGCCAGGAUAGGGUCAUGAGCGAUUACCUUGUCCAAAACCCGAUCUUGGACGAGGAUGCGGGAGGAGUCGUUGGCCGCGGUGGACAUCUCAUGUUUGGCGGCGGCCGAGCGCAGGCCCGAGGGAACGGCGUCGGCGUGAGCGACGACGACUAUGUCGACCCUGACGCCGAGGCGUACUUGAGGAGUCUACCUGAACACCUGAACUUGGAGGCUGAGGAGGAGGCUGGUGGGGCACCACAGACAACCACUGGCACGGGCACGAGCAAGAGCGGACUGCUGGACAUCGCGGCCUCGUGGACCGGCAUCAUUGGGAGCUCGGCAGACGGCCAUCCUUGGGUUGGAGGUGUGCCGGGACGCGAUGGUCUGUUUGUCGCAGCGGGCUAUAGUGGCCAUGGCAUGACGAAUGCUGGACUGUGUGGUAGACACGUUGCGCAGUUGGCGCUGAAGAGCUUGAAGGGCGAGGACUGGAAGGCUCUGCAGGCCCACGGGGUGGAGCUCGCCGAGCAAGGCAAGGGUGGUGUGCCGAGAGAGUACGUGAUCACGCAAGAAAGGAUCGACGCAGCGCGAGGAGUGAGGCCGUGA